AUGGGUACAAGGGUAGAACUGUCAAUAGAGGGACUCCAAAGUUUGAUUCUUUACGGAAAUGCUUUAUCUGGGUCUAUUCCUCCUGAUAUUGGCAAGCUUAGUUACCUUCAGACCUUAGAUUUGUCGCAGAAUUUUUUGAAUGGGUCGUUACCCUCUUCGUUAAUUCAGUGCAAGAGAUUGAGAUUCCUCGAUUUCAGCCAAAACAAUUUCACUGGUUCUUUGCCAUCUGGGUUUGGUACUGCUCUGGAAAAACUCAAUCUUUCAUUCAAUAAGUUGAGCGGUUCCAUUCCUAGAGACAUAGGUAAUCUCUCGAGCUUGCAAGGAACUGUUGAUCUGUCUCAUAAUUUGUUCAGUGGUUCAGUCCCAUCCAGCCUUGGGAAUCUUCCAGAGAAGGUUUACAUCGAUCUUUCUUACAACAAUCUAAGCGGCCCGAUACCUCAGAGUGGUGCUCUCGUGAACAGAGGACCUACGGCCUUCAUUGGGAACCUAGGUCUCUCUGGACCUCCAUUAAAGGACCCCUGUUCUUCAGACAUUGCUGGUGCCGGUGGUCCAUCUUCUUUUCCCUUCAUACCCAACAAUAACCCCUCUACUAAGAUCGGAAAAAGCAGAGGACUGAGUAAGAAUACUGUAACGACAUCCGGAAAGGCGACAUUGUCCGUGUUGCAGCUGCUGCUGCUGGAGGAGAGAACAUCCUCUUACUCCCAUCCCACGGCAAGUUUUGGCUCAACGGUAGCAGGGACUCCAGAGACAAUGAUCGAGGUAGUUGAGGACAAAGCAAUCCAUUUUGUAGGCAUGUGGACGAAGCGCUCAACACUGGGAAUAUUGUCUUUGCAUCACCCCAUCCUUUCACUAGCACCAGCCGAUCAUGAGUAA